AUGUCUUUUUUCGGCGUUUCCAGUCCGAAAAUGUUGGACUUGCGAUAUAACGAGAUGUCGAACGACUGGGACGGCACGGGCGAGGUCCGGUCAGUCCGGCCGCGCGAUGUGGGCAAAUGGCACGCACAUCACGGACAAUUAGUGCUGUCCUGGAAACGAUUGAAUGUCUCAGUGAAAACGGUCACGCAAAAGUUUUUCUCGCCGUCGAAAAUCGCGUACAAGCAGAUAUUGUACAACGGUCAGUACCUACCUACCUACCGACCAGUAACCAUUUCAGUCUGGUGCGCAUUGGUCGAAAACAAUUUUACAAAAGCUACUUAUUAAAAUUUCGAUAAGCCAUUUUCAAAUAUAGAACGUUAUUCUAAAUAAGUUCAAACAUUUUAUCUAACAGUCAUUGAUUUUAUAUAGUGCCACUUUUAGUGUAGGUGACGCAUUGCCUCCGGGCCUAAAAUUAUGUGCAGUAGCAAUUACGGAAUGUAUACAGUAGCCAAUGCAGUAGUGUGUAAAUUGUGGUCAGUGUACUAUUUAAAUAUCGAGUCAUAAGAGUUAGGGUUUUGUAACUCUAUAAAACUAUAAAAAGCACUAAACAUUUUAAACUUUUAAAAAAAAAAAAAUACCUAAAUUCCAAAAAAAAGAAACCUACUGUUUUCAAAACCCUACAAAAUAUUAAUAUUCGACCUAUUAGUUUUGUUUUAUUUUUAUUAUUCAAUUUAUAGCUAUAACAGAUUACUGUUAGUUUAAUAUUUAUAAUGUAAACAAGUACGUACAAAUAUAAUAUACAAAAAAAAUAAAAUAAUAAUAAACGAAUAAACAAUAAAUAAUAAUUAAACAAUAAAAAUAUUAUGAAAAAAAUGUACAAGAUAUUUAAAAAUUUGACGGCGACAGUUAGUUGAUUACUUGUGGGCAGCUAUUACAAACUAUGACAAAAAAAAAAAAAAAAAAAAACAACAAAAUAAAGAAAUUAAAAUUUCGUGUGUUCUAUUUUAAUUCCUAUAAAUCAAAUUUAUAGCUAACAUAAUUUAGUUUGAAACCAAUAAAAAAAAAAAAAAAAAAAAAAAAAAAAAAGCAAAUACCUAUAAAAUCAUAACUUAAUAAUUAUGUUAGGUGUGUAAUGUGUUAUUUUCUACCCAAUGAUACUUUAUUUGAACAUAUUCCUCUACACAUUUUCCGAAUAUUUCUCGUAGUACCAAGACGCAGAAUUUCCACCCAGUGCAAGUAAUUUACUCGAAAGAAUUUUUAAAACGCUCAACAGUUUAUCCCCUUAAAAUCCUUUAUUCGGUUUUGUUUUCUUUCGGUUGUUAAAAAUGCUUCGAGUUGUCUACAAUAAUUUAGCAGGAUAUUCAAUGUUAUCCGUUUAAAUAAAAAAACGUUGAAUAUCAAAUGAAUCAAAUGAAUUAACAAGUGUAAUAUUAUGUAAAAUACCGUAGGUACACAUUCUAGGUCAUUUAAGUUGUUUUGCUAUGGGUGGUGAAAGGGUACGUGUAUGUUGAAGUAAAUUACAGACAUUAUAAACACUGCAUUGCCUAAUGUUUGCGGUAAUCACCUAAAUUAAACUGUUUUUUGUCUAUUCACAAUAAUAAUAUUAAUUUUGUUUGAGUCGUUUGUUUGAAGAAAGUGUAAAAUUAUUUUAGCGACAAAUUCGGUACUGUAUGAAAGCCUAAAAGGUAAGGAAAACCAUUCGACUAAUAUUAUUCACAUUUUCAUUUGCCUAGAAUAUAUUAAAAUACCCAGUUAAAUUUUAUAGAUAACUACAUAGUAUUUACUAAAUUCCACUAAAGUCUUUAUUAAUAGUUGUGAAGUGACUAUAUCUACGUUAGAUAUAAUUCUAACUUCUCUUAAAUAGGAUUUUAUAAUUUAUAAUUUUAAUAUUGUCGUGUAUAAUUUUUUAGUAAGCGGAAACGUACAAUGCGGAAGCCUUUUAGGAAUAAUGGGACCAAGGUACUUAAUCAAAUAAUUUAUUACAAUUUACCUUUUAAUCAAACUUUCUUUUUAAUUUUAGUGGCUCUGGAAAAACUACAUUGAUGUCCACUAUAAGUCAUCGAACGAACGGUAUGUAUUUAUUUAAAAUUCUGUACCUGCGUGUAAUCAUAUUUAUUUAUGACAAUGAUCUUAUGAACUUUUUAUUAUUAUUAUUAAUAUGUGCUUGGGAUAAAUCAUAUUCUUCAGUAAAUAGUUUGUUAAUUUUUUCGGCAGGAAAUUUCGACGGCGAACUAUUGCUCAACGGGCAGCCGGUAUCUGAAGAAGUGAUGAUUAAAAUAUCUGGAUUCGUUCCUCAGCACGACAUCAGCUUCGAUCAGUUGACAGCGUUAGAACACUUGUCCUUGAUGGUAUUAGAGAUAUUAUAGAGACAUUUUUGUAAAACAUAAUAUUUGAUUACACUCGUAAAAUAUUUUAUUGAUAUUUUUUUCAUAGAAGUGAGGUUCAAAACUAAAUUGCUUUUUUAUACAUUUAUUAUCUAAAGCAUAACAUUUAUUCUCGUGUGGAUACGCGAUAUGGCUUCUAAAAUUCGAUCAAAAACUGUGUGCAAUUUUUCUAAUAUUAUAAAACACUUUUUAACCGCAUUAACCGAUAAAUGUACCUAUUUACAAUAAUAGUAAAUAAUGUCGGUUUAAAACCAGGAGGUUCUGUCAUUCAGUUUAAAUUUAAAUUUAAAUAAAAAAGUUAAAUUUUUAUUGAGAAGAGAAAAUAUUGUAAACAUGUAUGGGCAGAUCUACACUAGUUAGUGUAACACUGGAUCAAUGUCGGUUAAAUGAUUUUUUUCAUUGGGGGCAGGGACGGGGUACACGUAUUUGUAAUGACUUAUUUAAUGGUUAUUAAAUCUAAGGGAACAAUAAGGUUAACAACCUAUAUAGGACCUUCGGAUUUUAGACAGAUGACAAGUCAACAUUUUCCGAGCAGAAAUAGAAAAUAGUUAUGUUUAUAGACCUGGUGACGACGAGGUUUAUUGUAUUUUCGUGUUGUUCAAGGCGAAAUUGAAAAUGGACCAGAACACGACCGAAACGGCUCUUAACGAGCAGGUCGACCGCAUAGUGACCUCGUUGGCCAUGGGACAAUACGCGAACACGAGGAUAUCCUUUUUGUCGGGGGGUGAACGGAAAAAAGUCGCACUUGCCGUUCAGCUGCUGAACGACCCGCCCAUACUGUUCUGCGACGAGAUCACCACCGGCCUGGACAGUUAUUCGGCCGCGCACAUCGUCAACACCCUGAAGAGCGUCUCGCGAACGGGCAAGAUAGUGGUGUGCACGAUCCACCAGCCAGCGUCCGGCGUGUUCGACAAGUUCGACGACGUCAUCCUGCUCACGGAAGGGCGGCUCGCGUACCAGGGACCCGUGUCCAUGGUCAAUCAACUGUNAUUUACAUCUGGAUGUGUUUUUCGACGCCGUCAAUAAUUGCGCUAUUUUAAGGUUCAAUUACGUUUGUCCGAACAUGUUCAACGAAGCCGACUACGUGAUUUCCAUUCUGAACUCCGACAAAGAUUCCGUCAAAAAGGACGUGGAUAAAAUGUGCAAGUUGUCUUCGAUCGACCGUCAAACAGAUCGCAACUUCGAUAAGUUUAAUAAUCAAGUAUAAUAUAUCAAUCGAUUCUAAAUACGCGUACGUAUUACACCAAUCACUAUGUAACCUUUUUUUCAGAAACAAUUGGACUAUAUGCAUUAUUUAAAAAAGUAUGUGUACAAGUUUGUUUAUUUUUAGAAAUUUGACAUCAUUGUUAUCACAGAACGCAUAAUUAUGUUAUAUUUAGGCGAAACCCACCGUGGACAACGCACUUCACAUUGAUUUUUGGCAGGUCGACCAAAUGUUUCCUUAGAAGUUUUCAAUCCAGACUGCUUGAAUUGGGAACCUUAUUGGUAAUGAGUACCUUCUAUUACUAUAGCAAACAAUUCUUUUUUAUAGUGUCUUAUUUCCCGUACACAUUCGUUCGAAUUAUAUGACCUCCCUACGAAAAUAGUGGCCGCCCCAAGCGGUAAUGUUUGUCCACAUUGGAUUUAUUUGUUAUUCUUAUAUUAUUUUUUAGUUGUUUUCCGUUUUCCUGUCGUUUCCGUAUGCAAACUUGCAGUUUGACACAAAAGCAGUGCAAAAUUGGGAAGGACAUUGGUUGGUAUUCAUCAUAAACUUUGUGUUUCACUUUAGUUUUUCAGGAAUUGCGUUUUAUCAACAAAAAUUGUCUACAGUUCACCGAGAAAUACACAAUAAAUUAUACCCGUUGAGCGUGCAUUUUAUUUCUGAACUAUUGAUAAUGGUAUGCAACGCGAAUUAAAUAUUAUACUUAUAACGAGUUAUAGCAAGCAAAUGUGUAUGUUUACAGAUUGUUUGGAUAGUGAUAAAAAUGUUGUUUUGUUGCAUUCCAGCGUUUUAUAUUGUUGGUGUCAAAUGGAAUCUUACGGAAUUAUUGGUAUUUUUCAUAUUGGCGCUUACAGCGUUUUCAUCAGGUAAUUAAAAUGACUGUAUUACACUACCGUAGACAGGAAACUAUUUCGAAAGAGGGGGGGCACUAGUUAAUUUUAUUAAUUAAUUAAUCUACUAUGUUUUAGAAUGAAAAAAAUAUACUAAAACAACAAAGAGAACCAAUAAAACAAAAUAUUCUGCUCCAGUCCCCUGUGUCCCCUGACUUUUUGUUUUUGGCACUGCCAUUCUUGUGUGCAAUGUAUGUUAUUAAAAAUACUGACUGUUCAAUAAUGAUAAAAAAUCAUAAUGCGGUGAACAAACGAUAUUAUUGCCUAGUACUUAGUUAUAAUUUGCCAACAACAGGACUUAAAUUAAUUGCGGAUGAAAUCCUGUCCAAACAAUAUUCUGAUAAAAAAAUCAAAUGAACGGAAUUUUCUCGACAACUCUCCCUUCUCACCAACAUAUACACAUUUUAUUUAAGUAAAUUUUGAUGGGAACGUCGCCAUGAAAAAAAUCGUGCUUAAUACAUUGUAGUUUAUUUGGUUUUUGACUUUUAUUUUUUUCGGGAUUUUGGCGGCGGGACACCAACAAUUGUCAGUUAUGAUGAUGGCUUGGAUUAUAUUAGGAAAUCCGACGUUGGGUAGGUUUAUGAUUAUAUUGUUUGUCAUACGGAAUAUUAUAGUUGGUAUUUUGUUUUUUUAACGUGGUCCAGCAGAUAUAUAUAUAUAUAUAUACACGAUAUAAUCGCUGCUCCCCGAAUGACGUGUGUUUUUCUGCUCGAUUCGCCGGUCGUAAAACAGAGGCCGGAUCGAUUAUUCUUUCUUAGCGUAGAUUUCUUUCGGUUCUUGGAUAUAAGUGUAUAUGGGUCUUGAUAAAAUUGCCUAACAUACUACGGAAAUGAAACCAAGCGCACAGAGCGCCCCAAGAACGCGUAAUACAAUUUCGAUGAAACCGUGCCGCGCACAGACUUACAGCGUAUUAUGUCUGAAUACGUAAAGAUUGGGCGCGCCAUCAUUUUCUAACGGUAACGGGAAUUUCGUUAACGUUUCCGGUACGUUCAAGGCGUGAUUAACCAAUAGGCUGUAAAGGCCGCAGACUGGGGCGCCGUUAAAUGGCAGGGGCGCAACAAAACAAUUAUUUUUUUUCAAACUUGUACCUUCCAUUUUGACCUAUUUUUGGAGGAGGGGGAUAUGGAAGAAUUUGUCAUCGCCAGAAAAUAUAUUAAUCGGGCCUCGGUUACUUUAUAAUGUUUACAUGCAUACUAAUGAUAAUUAUUAUUGCGAUUAUACCACGUUGCGUUCACAAUCCAUUAACCAGAAGUCCCGAUGCAAACCGUAAAUUAACACGUCGGUAUUCGAACGCGGAGCCACGCGUAACCGCGAAUGAAAUACGUGCACUUAUCCCCAUGUUCGUUAUUCGCGCGCUUUUCAGUCUGUAUUUGGCGUUUACGCGAACCGGUGAAAAUAUGUGAAAAAUAACGUAAAUAACGUGUAAAUACACCACGGUAAACGCGUAACAGGGUGCUAGACAAAUAACGCAGCCGCACGCAACGACCGGACGCGUGGCGUUUUGAAUUCUCGCGUUGUGACUCCUGUGAACUUAAAUCCGCGUCCGGGUUCCGGUUCGCUCUGUCCAUCCCGAAAAAAUAUGCCGCCGUUAUCAACCGGCGCGGCGUACGCCCACAUCGGCCGUCGAACCCGUACGGUCCGUCUCAAUGAUAUUAUUUCGUCACGUUUCCAGGGAGCCUGUUGUCGUCCCAUUUCAACCGGGUGGAGAACAUUGUCAUAAUGUCCACGGCAAUCGACACUUUAUCGUUGACCCUGAGCGGCGCUUACGUGUCGUUAAAGUAAAUAAUCGAUUCGAUCGCCGCGCUGAGCCGCACGAUCGCGCGGCUCGGUGGCGACUGUUAACCAUUAACGGCGGCGUGUGUUUUGUCGAUCCAGGUCCUUGCCGAAAACCAUGCGCUUCCUGAGACGCUUUUCGAUAUUUUUCCUCGGGAGCGAAACGGUGUCCGUACUGUUCUGGGAGGAAAUCGAAUCCAUACGUGAGUAUAACAAUGCGGACAGCGGCCGCGACUCGGCCGAUCUAGCCGCGCAUUCACACACCGCGGUCAUUUUAUUGUGUCUGUAGCGUGCGCGGAUCCCGACAAUUGUUUGGACAGCGGGACGGCGGUGUUAAACAAAUACGGCUACAAUGCCGGCGAGUUCAACACCGACAUGGCGACAAUGGUUACGUUCAUCGUAAUAGCGAACGUCGCGAGCUAUUUCGGCGUGCUGAAAAAAACGAAAACGCCACCCGCUUAUUAA